GCAAAAACCCCUUCAAAACCAAAGUUUCCUAAAAAAUGUCAUUUUUGCCUCUUUGAGCUGUAAUUUGACCUCCUUAAAAUGCUUCAAAACUCGACACACACAUCAGGACUGGCAAAAAUUGCGAUUUAAUCAAAAAACCAAAACUCCAAAUUGCACUCUAGCGCCCCCUAGUAAAAAACACAGACAAAACCGCUUGUAAUUUCCGUUAGAAAUGUCGUAGAGACACGAAACAAAAACCUCUAUGUAGGUCUGACUUAGACCUAGAUUUCAUACACUGACCUCCUGCAGCAAAAAUCAACAGGAAGUUGGCAAAAACCCCUUCAAAACCACAGUUUUCUAAAAAAUGUCAUUUUUGCCUCUUUGAGCUGUAAUUUGACCUCCUUAAAAUGCUUCAAAACUCGACACACACAUCAGGACUGGUGAAAAUUGCGAUUUAAUCAAAAAAACAAAACUCCAAAUUGCACUCUAGCGCCCCCUAGUAAAAAACACAGACAAAACUGCUUGUAAUUUCCGUUAGAAAUGUCGUAGAGACACGAAACAAAAACCUCUAUGUAGGUCUGACUUAGACCUAGAUUUCAUACACUGACCUCCUGCAGCAAAAAUCAACAGGAAGUUGGCAAAAACCCCUUCAAAACCAAAGUUUCCUAAAAAAUGUCAUUUUUGCCUCUUUGAGCUGUAAUUUGACCUCCUUAACAUGCUUCAAAACUCGACACACACAUCAGGACUGGCAAAAAUUGCGAUUUAAUUAAAAAAACAAAACUCCAAAUUGCACUCUAGCGCCCCCUAGUAAAAAACACAGACAAAACUGCUUGUAAUUUCCGUUAGGAAUGUCGUAGAGACAUGAAACAAAAACCUCUAUGUAGGUCUGACUUAGACCUAGAUUUCAUACACUGACCACCUGCAGCAAAAAUCAACAGGAAGUUGGCAAAAACACCUUCAAAACCAAAGUUUUCUAAAAAAUGUCAUUUUUGCCUCUUUGAGCUGUAAUUUGACCUCCUUAAAAUGCUUCAAAACUCGACACACACAUCAGGACUGGUGAAAAUUGCGAUCUAAUUAAAAAAACAAACCCCUAAACUCAAAAUUGCGCUCUAGUGCCCCCUAGGUAUAAAACACUGACAAAACUGCUCUUGGGAAGAAAACACAGACAAAACCGCUUGUAACUUCCGGUAGGAAUGUCGCAGAGACGUUAAACGAAAACCUCUAUGUAGGUCUCACUUAGACCUACCGUUCAUUAAUUGACAUCCUUCUUCAAAAAUCAACAGGAAGUUGGCAAGUACCCCUUCAAAACAAAAGUUUUGUAAAAACCUGUCACCUUUUUUCAAACAUUAUCUCCUCUGAGCGCAUUUGUUGUGUCGGCUUCAAACUCGCACAGGAAAGAGAUUGAACCCUUCUGAUUAAAAGUUGCGCAAAGAUUUUUUUCUAACUUUCGGUUUUGAUUUUACAAGUUUUCAAAGAACUGCUGCUGCCGUCUCAAGAUGGCCGCUUAAAAGCAGGAAGCACAGAGAAGGUAGGUACUGUGCGGGUAAAGAUAUGUUGACUGGGUGAAAGAAGGGAGGCACCAGUUUGACACCAGGAUACAGAGAAGGUAGGUAAUGUGCAGGUAAAGAUAUGUUGUCUGGGUGAUGGCAGGAAGCACCAGCGUGUAUGGGUGAGAGAAAGAAGCACCAGCGUGACCUCAGGAUGCAGGGAAGGUAGGUAAUGUGCAGGUAAGAUAUGUUAAAUGGGUAAAGGCAGGAAACACCAGCAAAAUUUGGUUCCGUCCAUCGCUGCUUGCAGCUUUAUUUUUUCUUGUGUUUGUCACUAAAAAAAUCUGGGCUGUCUUUGGUAUUUUAAAGUACUCCAUUCAUUAAAUAUAAAAUGUGUCGAUUUAAACCAGCAAUGACAUGAAACAAUUCUGCUGAAUUACAUUGUUACUAACGUGUGUGUGUGUGUGUGUGUGUGUGUGUGUGUGUAGGGGGUGUGGCCUAGUUCGCCUAGACCUGUCGCCUUGGCCGCGGUGUUCAUUGCCCGUCUGGAAGUUAAAGAGCAAACAUGAGCGGACGUGUUGGAGAUUUGAGCCUCAAGCAAGGGGAUGCUUUAGCCCAGUUUCGGGUCAGAAUCCAGGACAUCCUUCCAGACCUUCCGGCUGAGCACGACCACUACUUGCUACGCUGGCUCCGAGCGAGAAGCUUCAAUGUUGCCAAAGCUGAAGCCAUGAUCCGCAAGCACAUUGACUUCAGGAGGAAAAUGAAGGUGGACACUAUCAUCUCCGACUGGACGCCGCCUAAGGUGAUCCAGAAGUACGUGUCCGGCGGCAUGUGCGGCUACGACAAAGAGGGAAGUCCGAUCUGGUACGACGUGAUUGGCCCGCUGGACCCCAAAGGUCUCCUGAUGUCGGCCAGCAAGCAGGACUUCAUGAGGACGAAGAUCCGGAACAUCGAGAUCCUGCAGAGGGAGUGUCGGCGGCAGUCCAGCAAGUUGAACAAGAACGUGGAGUCCAUCACCAUGGUCUACGACUGCGAGGGACUCGGCCUCAAGCACAUGUGGAAGCCCGCCAUCGAGACCUACGGCGAGAUUCUCACCAUGUUUGAGGAGAACUACCCGGAGGGGCUCAAGAAGGUCUUUCUCAUCAAAGCUCCCAUACUGUUUCCCAUGGCGUACAACCUGAUCAAGCACUUCCUGUGCGAGGAGACGAGACGCAAGCUCGCCGUCCUCGGAGGUAACUGGCAGGAAGUGCUGCGCAAACACGUCGACGCCGAGCAGCUCCCGGUGGCGUACGGCGGAACCCGGACCGACCCGGACGGAGACCCUCGCUGCAGAACCAUGAUCAACUACGGCGGCACGGUGCCGAGGUCGUACUACGUGCGGGACUCCAUCCAGGUCCGCUACGACGCCAGCGUCACCAUCAGCCGCGGCGCCGUCCUACAGCUGGACUACGACGUCGGCGCCCCCUGCAGCCUGCUGAGGUGGCAGUUCUCCAGCGACGGCGCCGACAUCGGCUUUGGUGUCUAUAAACGCACGGCGGAGGGCGGCGAGCAGAAAAUGGCGGCCAUGUUGGAGGUUGUUCCCUGCGAACGCUACAACGCUCACCUGGUGCCCGAAGACAACGCCGUCACCUGCCCCGAACCCGGAGUGUAUGUCUUGUGUUUCGACAACAGCUACAGCAUCAUUCAGUCCAAGACGGUCAGCUACACGGUGGAGGUGCUGCCUCCUGCAGGAGAGGUUCUGAUGCUGCCGGACCGCGCCGUCGGUCGCAUUCCAGUGUGAACGUGGACGCUUCAGUGGGUGCGCCCGCACGGUCUGGAGUCACAAGUAAACUCAUCAUUAACGUAGACGCUGUACCUAAUCAUGUGACCGUACAGGAAGUGUUGAAAUGAAACCAUUCACUCAUUAUCAUCCAGCCAUCUUCUUCUGCUUAUCCGGGGUCGGGUCGCGGGGGCUGCAGCCUAAGUAGGGAAGCCCAGACUUCCCUCUCCCCAGCCACUUCUUCCCAGGCCAGCCGUGUCCUGGGUCUUCCCCGUGGCCUCCUACCAGUCAGAUGUGCCCGAAACACCUCCUUAGGGAGGCGUUCGGGCGGCAUCCUGACCAGAUGCCCGAACCACCUCAUCUGGCUCCUCUCCAUGUGGAGGAGCAGCAACUUUACUUUAGAACAGGGGUCACCAACUUUUUUGAAAGCAAGAGCUACUUCUUGGCUACUGAUUAAUGCGAAGGGCUACCAGUUUGAUACACACUUAAAUAAAUUGCCAGAAAUAGCCAAUUAGCUCAAUUUACCUUUUAAUAAAUAAAUCUAUAUAUAUAUAAAAAAAAUGGGUAUUUCUGUCAUUCCGUCGUACAUUUUUUUUCCUUUUACGGAAGGUUUUUUGUAGAGAAUAAAUGAUGAAAAAAACAUUUAAUUGAAUGGUUUAAAAGAGGAGAAAACACGAAAAAAAAUGAAAAUUCAAUUUUGAAACAUAGUUUAUCUUCAAUUUCGACUCUUUAAAAUUCUAAAUUCAACCGAAAAAAAUGAAGAGAAAAACUAGCUAAUUCGUAUCUUUUUGAAAAAAUUUAAAAAAUAAUUUAUGGAACAUCAUUAGUAAUUUUUCCUGAUUAAGAUUAAUUUUAGAAUGUUGAUGACAUGUUUUAAAAAGGUUAAAAUCCAAUCUGCACUUUGUUAGAAUAUAUAACAAAUUGGACCAAGCUAUAUUUCUAACAAAGACAAAUCAUUAUUUCUUCUACAUUUUCCAGAAGAAAAAUUUUAAAAGUAAUUCAAAAGACUCUGAAAUAAGAUUUAAAUUUGAUUCUACAGAUUUUCUAGAUUUGUCAGAAUUCAAUUUGAAGAAAUAUUUCACAAAUAUUCUUCGUCAAAAAAACAGAAGCUAAAAUGAAGAAUUAAAUUAAAAUAUAUUUAUUUUUCUUUACAACUAAAAAAAAUACUUGAACAUUGAUUUAAAUUGUCAGGAAAGGAGAAGAAGGAAUUUAAAAGGUAAAAAGGUAUAAGUGUUUAAAAAUCCUAAAAUAAUUUUUAAGGUUGUAUUUUUUCUCUAAAAUUGAAUUUCUGAAAGUUACUAGAAGCAAAGUAAAAAAAUAAACUAAUUUAUUUAAACAAGUGAAGACCAAGUCUUUCAAAUAUUUUCUUGGAUUUUCAAAUUCUAUUUGAGUUUUGUCUCUCUUAGAAUUAAAAAUGUCGAACAAAGCGAGACCAGCUUGCUAGUAAAUAAAUACAAUUUAAAAAAAUAGCGGCAGCUCACUGGUAAGUGCUGCUAUUUGAGCUAUUUUUAGAACAGGCCAGCGGGCGACUCAUCUGGUCCUUACGGGCGACCACGUUGGUGACCCCUGCUUUUUAGCUUCUCACCCUAUCUCUAAGGGAGAGACCCGCCACCCGGGGGUGGAAACUCAUUUCAGCCACUUGUACCCGUGAUUUUGUCCUUUAGGUCAUAACCCAAAGCUCAUGACCAUAGGUGUGGAUGGGAACGUAGAUCGACUGAUAAAUUGAGAGCUUUGCCUUCCGGCUCAGCUCCUUCUUCACCACAACGGAUCGAUACAGCGUCCGCAUUACUCAUUCAUGAGCAAGACUCCGAGGUACUUGAACUCCUCCACUCAAGGCAGGGUCUCCUCCCCAACUAAAACCCUCGCCCUUUCCCGGGCGAGAACCGUGGACUCGGACUUGGAAGUGCACUCAUCACAAUCUAGUAGUCCACUCUUUACAUGACCAAUAAUUGACUGUUUUAAUGUGUUGCUUCAUUUGGGUCUGAGUAACAUUUCAUCUCAACGUUUGUCCUAAUAUUGAUGACUUUGUAAUAAAUAUCCACUUGUAAAAUGUGAAUAAUUGUAUUAAUAAAACUUGAAAAAGUGAUAAAAACAAUAAAAAUCUGAGAGCAUGUAA